AUGUGGACCAUCUGGGUGAUCAUCUUCUGUAUUUCAACUGUCCUGAUCAGAGCUGUCCCACCUGUUUGUGACCUCCUGAGUGUCCUGAAAAAGGAGGAAGAAAAGUGUGCUGAGACUCUCUCCCUGGAGGCACAGAACAGAACGCCUGAAAACGAUCUACUGAUCUCAGGCAGAUGUGCUGGAAUGUGGGAUAACAUGAGCUGCUGGCCUUCAUCUGCCGUGGGACAGACUGUCAACGCUCACUGCCCCGAAUUCUUCCAGAUGCUGACUGGGAAAAAAGGUUUUGUCUACCGAAACUGUACGAGUGAGGGUUGGUCAGAUCCAUAUCCGAGACCCGAUAUCGCUUGUGGCUACAAUGUCAAUGACACAACAAAUGAAGCGAGACAUUCCUAUUUCAUGACUCUGAAGACCAUGUACACCAUCGGAUACUGCACCUCCCUCGUGACGCUGAUGAUAGCCUUAGUGGUCCUGGUCUCUUUUAGACGACUUCGCUGUACGAGGAACUACAUCCACAUGCAUCUCUUCACAUCGUUCAUUUUGCGAGCACUGUCCAGCUUCAUCAAGGAUGCCGUUUUGUUUUCCUCUGAAGACACAAAUUACUGCGGGGCAUACACGGUAACUUCUGCCUUCCAGCUUGCUCCAUGCCUCAGAUUCCUGGGAGGAUCCUAG